GGCAACCGUGGCAACGGAUGGUGGUUGGUUGAAUGCUCAGAAAAUGAUGCAAGAGAUGCGAGUGACAUCAACAUCGUAAAGUUUUUCUUUCGUGCGUGCAAUUCUGCCGCACAAAGUGACAAGUAGCGAUUUGUUCAGCUGUAGGUAAAUUUAAAACUUUAUACAAUUCUAGGAGAUUAUCGUAAACGCCUCUUGAGUAAACGAUGGCCAGCUGGGGUCAAGAAGCAGACGCCCAAGAGCAGUCGGUCGUCUCUACGUUGACUGACAAGGUGAAGGACGUCAGCCUUUCGGCUAGUGGUGCUACCAGAGCUGGCGAUGCCCCCAAGGAGCCAGAAGCACCCUGUCCUCAGGAGAAUGGCGACGAACCCAGCAUAUCGCCAGCUGAGACGUCCCUUAUGCAGAAGAUCAUAAGAUCCAGGCUUGUGCUGAGUACGCACAAUGUCGAGGUGCAGAGGAAAGACCCCAACUCUCCGCUGUACUCCGUCAAGACCUUCGAAGAGCUGAAGCUGCGCCCGGAACUCCUGAAGGGCGUCUACACCAUCGGCUUCGAUCUACCCUCACGGAUCCAGGAGACUGCACUUCCCACGCUACUGGCAGAUCCACCGCAGAACAUGAUUGCCCAGUCUCAGAGCGGCACGGGCAAGACGGCGGCAUUCAUCCUUGCCAGCUUGAGCAGGGUCGACGAAAACCUCAAGUAUCCUCAGGUACUGAUCCUGUCUCCCACGUACGAGCUGGCCAUCCAGACGGGGGAAGUGGCCAAGCAGAUGGCACAGUUCUGCACCAAGAUUACCUUCUGCUAUGCUGUCCGAGGAGUAACCUUCAACCAGGGGGACAAGAUCACGGACCAGGUGAUCCUGGGCACGCCGGGCAAGAUCAUUGAUUGGGCCUUCAAGUUCAAGUUCUUCGACAUCGGCCGCAUCAAGGUCUUUGUGCUGGACGAGGCAGACAUCAUGAUUGCGCAGCAGGGGCACCACGACCAGUCCAUUCGGCUGCACAAGCGCCUUCCCCCGACGUGCCAGAUGAUGCUGUUCUCGGCGACGUACGACAAGGACGUAAUGGACUUCGCGGAGAUGAUCAUCUCGAAUCCCGUGGUGAUCCGCCUGCGAAAGGAGGAGGAGAGCUUGGCCAACAUCAAGCAGUACUACGUCCAGUGCACAAGCAUGGAGGACAAGUUCAACGCCAUCUCCAACAUCUACGGGGUGCUCUCCAUCGGACAGACCAUCAUCUUCUGCCACACUCGGCAGACGGCUGUCUGGCUCUCGGGGCAGAUGAGCAAGGAGGGUCAUGCCGUGGCGCUUCUCUCCGGAGAACUGACCGUGGACCAGAGGAUUGCGGUUCUGGACCGCUUCCGCAAGGGCAUGGAGCGUGUCCUUAUCACCACCAAUGUCUGUGCUAGGGGCAUUGAUGUGGAGCAGGUGACGGUGGUGGUGAACUUCGACCUGCCCGUAGACAUGAAGGGGCGGGCAGACUGCGAGACAUACCUGCACCGCAUCGGGCGCACGGGACGCUUCGGCAAGUCGGGCCUGGCCGUCAACAUGGUGGACGGCAGCCGCAGCAUGGCUGUGCUCAAGCAGAUCGAGGAACACUUCGGCCGACCAAUCCUGAAGUUAGAUGCUGAUGAUAUGGACGAGAUCGAAAAGAUUCAGAAGUAGAAGCCAAUGCAAGACCUCUUUGAAGAAGUCAUCAGUUUGCAUCACAUCUCUGUCAGGCAAAUGUAAUCUGCUUUGCUUGUUCAGAAGGACUUUCUCUUGUACUAUGUACAAUCACAGGGCUCUAAUGUUUUUCAUUGUGAUUUUAUUUGCUACAUGAGUGCCAUCGGAGGCACCUUUUGAUUGGAUGCUGUGCAGGGAGUACCAGUGUGAAAUAUUACAGAAUUAAAAGUUUACCAUAAAUAA